UUCGCGCUGGGCCACUGUGCGGGCACUGGCGGCCGUCUGGGGGGCUUUGUGGGCACGGUCUUUGGCAGCGCCGGGCUGGGCCCUGCGUGUCCCUCUGUGUGCCCGCCAGGUGGCAUCCCCCAGGUCACCGUCAACAAGAGCCUCCUGGCCCCCCUCAACGUGGAGCUGGACCCCAAGAUUCAGAAAGUGCGUGUCCAGGAGCGGGAGCAGAUCAAGGCGCUGAACAACAAGUUCGCCUCUUUCAUUGACAAGGUGCGGUUCCUGGAGCAGCAGAACCAGGUGUUGGAGACCAAGUGGAGCCUACUACAGCAGCUGGAUGUGAACAGCUGCAGGAAGAACCUGGAGCCCGUGUACGAGGGCUACAUCAGCAGCCUGCGGAAGCAGCUGGAGACGCUGUCGGGGGACAGGGUGAGGCUGGACUCGGAGCUGAGGAACAUGCAGGAUUUGGUGGAGGACUACAAGAACAGGUACGAGGUGGAGAUUAAUAGACGUACAACUGCUGAGAAUGAGUUUGUGAUGCUGAAGAAGGACGUGGAUGCUGCCUACAUGAACAAGGUUGAGCUUCAGGCCAAGGUGGACUCCUUGACAGAUGAGAUAAAAUUCUUCAAGUGCCUCUAUGAAGGGGAGAUCGCUCAGAUCCAGUCGCACAUCAGUGACACAUCUGUCAUCCUGUCCAUGGACAACAACCGGGACCUGAACCUGGACAGCAUCAUUGACGAGGUCCGUGCCCAGUACGAAGAGAUUGCCUUGAAGAGCAAGGCGGAGGCUGAGGCUCUGUACCAGACCAAGAUCCAGGAGCUGCAGGUCACAGCGGGUCAGCAUGGGGACGACCUCAACCUCACCAAAGCUGAGAUCUCAGAGCUCAACCGCCUGAUCCAGAGGAUCCGCUCAGAGAUAGGGAGUGUGAAGAAGCAGUGCUCCAACCUGGAGACGGCCAUCGCUGAUGCCGAGCAGCGGGGCGACUGUGCCCUGAAGGACGCCCGGGCCAAGCUGGACGAGCUGGAGGCUGCCCUGAACCAGGGCAAGGAGGAGCUGGCCCGGAUGCUGCGCGAGUACCAGGAGCUGAUGAGCACAAAGCUGGCCCUGGAUGUGGAGAUCGCCACCUACCGCAAGCUGCUGGAGGGCGAGGAGUGCCGGAUGUCUGGUGAAUAUCCAAAUUCUGUGAGCAUCUCUGUCAUCAGCAACACGGGAGCCGGAGCUGGAGGGGCUGGCUUCAGCAUGGGCUUCGGCGCCUCCAGCAGUUACAGCUACAAACCUGGGGCCGAGCUCAAAACCAAAGGCAGCUGUGGCAGCGAGUUCAAGGAUCCCCUCACCAAAGCCUCCGGCAGCAGCUGUGCAACCAAAAAGAAGGCCUCCAGAUGAAGGGUAGAAAGCUGCGGACCCCAUCCAUCUCUUCUCCCUCCGCCCCUUCCCAAGUCAGGAAGUGCUGCCCCUGUAACCACAAUCCCAGUCCCCUCCCCUCUCUCUGUGGUCCUGGGCUGGCUGACAUGCCUGUGUGGGAAGUCCAGUCAUGGGUGCGCUUGGCAACCUCCUGCUGGACCACCUCUCAUUGGGUCGCUGCCCCAAAUGCAGAGGCAAGACGCAGACUCUGCGCGCUUCCUUGUGGCCAGUUGCCAGCCCCUCUGCCCCCAUGUGCUUUUCUUGAGCCUCCAUUGCCCAGGGCCUCUUUGCCCUCUGGUUGGAGUCGGGUCCAGUUCUCUGCCU